AUGGUACCAACGCCCCCGGCGAGGGCGACUCGGACGUCCAGAUGGGGCAAUGCCUCGCCGCUUCUAUCGCUCGCUGGUUACCGCGGGGCGCGGACAUGCGGCACUGUGGAGGCGGGACCGAGGGGGACUCGAAUGGCGGCUGUCGUGGCGGCCGCGGCGGCUUCUCGGGGGGGCGGGAGACUGGGGCUCCUCUGCCCGCCCCGACGCGACUUUGUUCUCCACUGCCGCCGGCCUGGUCUGAAGAGAGGAGCGGAGCCCGGGGACUCGACACAGUGCCGGGAAUCAAGAUUCAGCCCACCAAAUAAAUCUUGCAAUGAUUGGAUUGGACCCCCAGAUAGAUAUUCAAACCUUCGGCCAAUCAAAUUUUACAUCCCUGAAAAUGAAUCUCCAUUGGAACAGCAACUUAGGAAAUUAAGACAAGAAACACAAGAAUGGAAUCAACAAUACUGGGCAAACCAGAAUCAGACAUUUAGUAAGGAAAAAGAAGAAUUUAUUCACUCAAGAUUGAAAGCUAGAGGUCUGGGAUUGAGAGAUGAAACAGGUAAAAAAAUAACACUAAAUGCAGAAGAAAUGGCUGAUUUUUAUAAGGAAUUCUUAAGUAAAAAUUUUCAGAAGCAUAUGUACUAUAACAGACUGGUACAAACGAAAUUUUACUAUCACCUUGUUCAUGGGAAGAGUGGCCCUAGAAAGGAUUUGGAGGAAGCUUGGAUUCAAACAGGUGAAGAACAAUUAGAAGCACACCUACAUCUGCCUGAACCGGUUCACGGGCGGACCAUCAGGUUCAGGCACUGCUCUGGCUGUGACAUCCUGUUUUUCUAGAACAACAUCAUAACAGUAUGAACAUGACUGACAAACUCCAAUAUAUAUGAAUGAUAAAAAAAAAUUUUUUAAAGAGUAACAUUGAGGGCCACACUUUUUUACUCCCUCCCACAACAACCUACAUGAAUUGGAACAGAUGACUGAAGAGUUAUUUUGGGGCAAGUUGUGGCCCAGAGAACUGAUAGCUAUCAGCUUGUUGCUCCACUUUUUUUUUUUCUGAUGGAGAUAGAUAGAUAUGGGCCUUUUUAUUCC